UCACAAACUUGUUAACCAAACUCUGAAAAAAAGUUUUAACCAAAACUCUUAAUAGGAGUCUUAACAAAAUCUUCUCUUUAUCUAAAACCUUGGAUAUCCUGAAAAAUCUCAGUGACAAUGGAGGAGUCAACAAGGUUGACAGACCGACCUAAUCGCAAUCCCGAUUUCAGAGAUGAUGAAUGCAGUACCGACAGUGGAUGUGGCAGCGGUGGGAGUACCGGAAGUGCCGAAAGAUUAUCCAGACGCGGAAGUGGAGAACGACUCUGCGGAAGGUCCCCCAGAACGCACCACUAUCUGGACCGGCUUCGAGGCAGGUCAAUUGCCACCAGGUCUCAAGACAGGCUCUCCAGGAGCAGCAAAGACCACUCCAGGGCGAAAUCCUCCAGGUCCUGGAGUCCCAGUGAUUUCAGGCCGCGACCUUCUGGAGAAUCGCCCUCCCACUUCCACAGUCCCUCCGACGCCCACAGCAGUGACAGCGACUCUUUCAAAAGGCCAUCGGCCUCUUUAACCCUCCGGAAGGCCUUCCAAAGUCUCACCCUUCUUAACAAAGAAAAAUCUGAGAAGAAGCGCCACAAAAAAAGUCCGAAAAGGAUCCUCCGAAGUCCUGUGGCUUACACCUACGUGAGGGGACUUUCGGGACUUCCGACCCAAAGAGUCCCGAGAAACGUGGCUCGGACCACCAUGCCUUGCACCUGUCAAGACUCAUUCGGACUCUACCGAUAAAGCUUUCCAACCAGAAGGUGAAUUUGUGUUUAAAGAAUUAUCAUUUUUUAAAUUUUUUAUUGAAGUUUGUUUCAUUUUAUUUUAUUUAAUCAUCAGUUGUAUUGGUUAGACUAAUGAUCAGCAUUUUCAGAGCGAUUUUCAGUAUUAGAUUGAAUUGUAUUGUACUACCACUUGCUCAAGCGAAAUUCACAUUUGAAAUUACAAAAUUUAUGUGGUUGAAUUUUUGAGAUCUAGUCAAACAAUCAAUUUUCCUAAUGCACUUAAACGCUGGAUUUUUCCACUGUAAAGAGUUCAAUUCUUUAUUACUUUAAUUGCGAUAGCGAAUUUUUCUUAUGACUGGUAGAGUUUUAUUUAUCAGAAAAAUAUUUAAUUAAAUAAAUAGCCGCAGGGCCAAGAAAAAAUUUCUUGGAUACCACUAAGGAAAGUGUAUCACGAAAUAUACUGAAAUCAGUAACAGUCGUCCUAAGGGAUAAACAUGGAAAAAACUUUAUAGUUGAAAUAACAAAAUUCAAAACUAAAUCAAAACUAAAAUAGAUUUAAAAACGUUUUUUUUAAACAGCCGAAGGCAUC